GCCAAAGAGCGUUGUGCCAAGUGGUAUAUAACGUGUCAUAAUGGACGAGAGUCGAGGAUGGAUUGCUCGAGUGGUUUAUAUUUCAAUGCCGAAACAUCAGAAUGUGAUUUCAAAGAGAAUGUAUUGUCAUGUAGAAAUCCUUUCGACUGUGCGAAUCGUAAGAACGGUGCGUAUGCAGAUGGUUGUUCCACUGUAUUUUGGUAUUGCUCAGAGGGUUCUGUUUCGUUGUCGAGGUGUCCUCGAGGAACGUACUUCGAUGUUGAAUUGCUGAAGGUGACUUUUUCGGGUUGA